UAAUUUGACUUUGACGUGACGUGACGUACCCGUCCUUACCCCCCGAUUAACACACGGCAUUCGAUAAUUUAAUGCAGUUUUAAUACGAAUUAAAAUGUUUUAUGACUCCAAUUUAGUUCUUAAUAUCGGCUAGCUACGUUAUAUAUUUUAUCCUCUCUCAUUGAAGUGCUAUAUAGUGGUUAAAUACAUUUAUUUUGAGAAGACCGUGUAUUACCAAAAUAGGUUAGGUGCGACGUGAAAUAAUAUCUUUUCACCCCAAAUAUGACUUAUCCUGAGGAAAACGGUCAUAUAAACCAACUAGGGGCCAUCGAGAGUAGGCACCACCGGUAUACAGUACGACAAGCAUAUGAAGAUGGUGGAUUCAAAUCGGGCGCCUCCCGCGCCGUGCGGCUCACAUACAGCGUGCUAUCACGUCGUAAGGCAGCAGGGGAGGGAGUGGCCCGGCUCGCCAGGGUGCUGUCGGCGCUAGAUCUCACCGCGCUGGGUGUCGGCAGCACCCUGGGCGUGGGGGUGUACGUGUUGGCUGGUGACGUGGCCAAGAACUACGCUGGUCCGGCGGUGAUACUCUCGUUCUUGCUGGCUGCAGUGGCCAGCGUUUUCGCUGGUCUUUGCUACGCAGAGUUCGGCGCCAGAGUGCCCAAGGCCGGCUCAGCGUACGUCUACAGUUAUGUAUGUGUGGGGGAGUUCAUAGCUUUCAUCAUCGGCUGGAAUCUGAUACUCGAGUAUAUUAUAGGAGCCGCAUCAGUAGUGAAAGCCCUAAGCGAAUACUUGGAUUCGUUGUUAGACAAGGCGAUAUCCAGCACACUGCAGGCUGCCUUCCCGAUGCACUCGCCGCACCUGGCCAGCUAUCCGGAUAUACUCGCAUUCACCGUCAUUAUGGCGUUCUCAGUGGCGCUUGCGUUUGGCGUGAAGGAGUCCACAAAGUUCAACAACUUUUGCACUGGCGUCAACUUGUGUGUUGUUCUGUUUGUCAUCAUCUCCGGAUCCUUCAAAGCUGACAGCAAAAACUGGCGCAUCCCAGCGUCGGAGGUGCCCCGGGAGUACGGCGCGGGGGGCUUCGCGCCGUACGGGCUCUCCGGCAUCAUCCGGGGCGCCGCCGUCUGCUUCUACGGGUUCAUCGGUUUCGACUGCGUGGCGACAGCGGGAGAAGAGGCCCGGCAGCCGCAGAAGUCCAUCCCGUUCGCGGUGGUGGCGUCGCUGCUGGUGGUGUUCCUGGCGUACUGCGGCGUGUCCACGGUGCUGACGCUGAUGCUGCCCUACUACCUGCAGGACGAGAAGGCUCCGUUCCCGUUCGUCUACGACCAUUUGGGAUGGAAGUGGGCGAAGUAUGCUGUCAGUAUCGGGGCUACGUGCGCUCUUUGUUCUAGUCUCCUGGGCGCUGUAUUCCCCCUGCCGCGUAUAAUUUACGCGAUGUCCUCAGACGGACUGCUGUUCAAGUUCAUGGGGCGUGUCUCUGAAAGGUUCCAAACCCCACUGGUGGGCACCAUGGUGGCUGGGCUAUUUACAGGUACUCUGGCGAUGAUCUUCCGUCUGGAGCAGUUGAUCCAUAUGAUGUCUAUCGGCACUCUGCUCGCCUACUCUAUGGUUGCCUCCUGCGUCUUGCUCCUCAGAUACGAGUACCAAUCGCCGCACCGCGGCACUGAGCCGCUCACCCUGAGCGUGCGCAGCGCCGCCCGCCAGCUGCUGAACAAAGACAAUCUCGCGGCGCCCACCAGGCUCAGCUCUGCGGUUGUUUCCACCCUCGUCACCUUGUAUGGUGCAUGGUGUUUCCUGAUGAUGUGGACCAUCAACCACUACGGGGAGGAUAUCCUGAGAGGGGAGGGCGGUCCCAUCGCUCUCGUCAGUGUCGGGGCGGUGCUGGUAGUCUGCACCCUGUACGCCAUCUCCCGGCAACCCGUGUCUGAGAAGAUACUGGCUUUCUCGGUGCCGCUGGUGCCUUGGCUGCCGGGCGUUAGCAUUCUCAUCAACGUGUACCUGAUGCUCAACCUCGACUAUAUGACCUGGGUGAGGUUCGCUGUGUGGAUCGCCGCUGGUCUUCUAAUUUACAUAACUUACGGCGCGUGGCACAGCUCGGAGCGGCGUCGAACCCUGGACUCCGUGCAGCUGGCACAGCUCCACAGCGACAGCCACACCGCCCUGCUCAACCACAACGGCCUACAGCACACCAUUGGCUGACAGACAACCAAUCAGAGAGAGGGGGUGAUCAGCCCCAGUGGUACUAUUGUAAGUUUUAUAUCCAGCAUUUAAUUCGGACUUUUGCAUUUACAGAUUAUACAUAAAACUUCAUGUCAAGUUACCCCUUAUACCGCGGUAAUAGCGGUGAUUUUGCAAUGAGUUUGGAUUGAUUGAUCUGUCUAGUGAACAGUCAAUUAAUUAAUUUACAAUAAUAUAUGUUUUUGUGUAAGGUACAUUUCGUCCCGAAUUUUGUAAAGGUUCCCAUGAAAAAAUAUUUUAAAAAGUACAAAGCAAUAUUCAGUUUCAAUAUUGAAACAUAUACUCUCUCCUAUAAAAGUCCAGUCAUUCUAUGAACUUUAUUCCUACGAAAUAAAAUUCAAAAUUACUGGACUUUUGCAGACGGCUGUACAACUAAACUAUUAUGCGACUCCGAUUGACUAAAGUGAAUAUGCACGCUUCUCAGUAAUGUAACUUGAACUGAGGGAGAUAGAGCGAAUAUAUUGUACAUUCGUUUUCUGGCGUGGAUGAUCUAUGCACUAAAAUAGACAAGUGGUGAGAAAAUUGGAUUGUGUUUGUAUUACUUUUAAAUGAUUUAUUAUGGUUGUCUCUGUUUAGUAAUAGUAUACUGCUUUUUAUGUUUAUUUAUUUAGAAUAAGAGUAAUAUUUAUUAAUGUAGAAAUGCAAUUUCUAUAAUACAAUAAUUCGGACCAUAAAAUUAGUAUUUAUGUAAAAAGUUAUUUUUAAAAUAAUGAGGAAUUCAAUAUUAUUAAUUAGGUGUAAAACUAUAUUUAUAUAUUUAUGCUAAACAAUACUGUUCAUUUCAAAAGUAGAUCUGAGAAAGAAAACUUAGAUCUUCAACAAUUUUUUGUAUUUAUUAUUUAUAUAAUUCAAGGUGAUUGACUAAAAUAAUUGUAGAUAAUUUAUUCCUUAUAUAGUUCUUACGAAUCUCCGUGCAGUUCCUUUGUUAUAAAUUAUGAAAUACCUUUAUUUUAGGUGUUUUCAGUAUUAAUAUGUGUGUGAGGCUGUGAAACAGUAUGAUUAUAAUUAGGGUACAGUAUCCACUGGCGUAAAACUAAAGUAGCUUUUACUGGACAAUUAUAAUUUUGUUAGUAUUAUUAUUCGAUGAAUAAUGUAGUGUUGUGUAUUAAAUAUUGCUUUUAUUAUUUAUAGCUGAAAGUAUUCUGGUGGAAGAUAAUUUUCUCUGUUUGGUUUUGUUAAAACUUUCGCGGACGCACGACUUCUAUAGCAGUUAUGAACUGUACUGUCUCAUUGAGACCAGUGGCGCCCUCAUUUCAAAUAUUUUAAAAAAGGUGUCGAUCGUUAAAAUUUUCAUACUUUAAAUUUAGGUGUUACAAAGCUAACGCUAAAGCAAAGCUUAACACAUUCGCGGAUACUCGACGUACACAAUAAGUUUGUUAUUACUGCUAUAGCAGUCGACCGUCUGCGAAAGUGUUCAAUAGUAGAAAUUUAACACAAAAUAACGAGUUGACAUUCUAGAAUACAAUAUUAUUGGCAGUACAUACAUACGUAUGUGUAGUAAUGAGUAAUGGUUUUGAUAAUAAUGCAAUAAAUAUUAAAAUAUAGCUUAGCCACUGCUAUGAGUAUUUCUAAGUAUUGUUUAAAUAAAUAUUGACCGCUUCA